CAUUUUCAUUCGUUUACGUACCUUGUUGAAUCCUCGUAUUUGAAAUGUGGUCCCUGACUAUGUGCAUUCUGUGCAGGCAGUGUUAUUACUCACGUUUGCGGAAGCGGCUCACCCGGGGUUCGUGACCACCAUGCCACACUGCUUGCGAAUCAUAAUCGCGGUCGCCUCGUGGCCAUUGCAGAUGAACUGGAUGUUCAUCGCGGAUUCCGUUCGCGCUCGUGACCCAUGUCUUUAAUCUAGAGGUACCGCGCCCCAGGCUACACACCGGUACUUUACUUUACUUUACCAAGUAAGAGCAAACGUCGGCUCACCGUCAAUUCGACGAGCCUAUAACUAUUGUGACUUAUCCUCCUUCCUCAUUUUAUUCACUUAUUCCUUUUUACGAUACUUUCCUGAGCCCGAGACUGGUCGACCAAGCAAUUCAUUCACCUAACUGACCAGACUCACAUCAUGAGACUGUCACUUGCGGUAGUCUCGUUGGCUGCGGUCGUGAAAGCCACCGUUGACUUCGGAAACUGGCAUCCGCCCGCCUAUGGAGACGUACGAUCUCCUUGCCCUGCUCUCAAUGCUUUGGCAAAUCACAAUAUCCUGCCCCAUGAUGGAAAGAACCUGACAGUCCCAAUCUUUGUCAAGGCAUUGACCGAGGCUCUGAACUUCAGUGUGGAGGUGGCAACUAUUGUAUCUUCGGCAGCUCUGCAAACCGUGCCUCAAGGUUCUACCACGCUCAAUCUCGACGACUUGAGUAAGCACAACAUCAUCGAACACGACGGAUCUCUCUCGCGUCAAGACUUCAACAUAAGUGGAGACGCCACUACCUUCAACAGUGGGAUCUUCGAUGAGUUCGUAGGGUACUUCGGUGGUGCUCAGGAUGUUUCACUUCCCGUUGCAGCUGCAGGUCGCUGGGGACGUAUCAACUCUGCGAAAGCCAAGAACCCUGCAUUCUCCUAUACAGCAAGUCAGCGAUUCAGUAGCUACUUGGAGUCAGCAAUCUACUCUCUCGUACUUGCCGCCCCGAAAAAGCAAGCAGUGCCGCUGGCCUGGCUUAAUGCCCUCUUCAAAGAGGAACGUUUCCCGUACAACGAGGGCUGGCGCACGCCACAGUCUCCUACAAACGCUGCUAGCCUUGCGUCAACGAUCUUGAUUCUAUCACUGGCCACCCCAGAAGAUCUAACUUUCGGUUCAGCACCCCCUUCAGGCUUCCACGGAGAGGGGUUAGUCUUCGACGAACUGAAGUGAUGGAUAUCAUGGUUCUGAGCUAUGACCUUCAUAGAGGCGAGUUAUCUUAAUGUGGAGGAAAGACCGGACCUUAUAUAUCAAAG